CAAAACCCAUUCAUCUUCCUUUCUUCUUCUUUUCUUCUUCUUCUUCUUCCACUUUCUCUCUCUCUCUGACAAAAAUGGUAACGCUCCGCCAGAGAACACCAGCUGUGACGGAAGCACCUGAGCCGCCGAAGCUGGAAGAAGAACGAAUCUGCGAAGACGUGACGAUUCUCUCAGACGAUUCCGACGAAGAUUCCUCCUCCGAUUCAGCGGUGAAACACUUGCGUGGACGUUGGGAGCUCGCUUCUGUUCUCAAUUUCGUGAAUGUCUUUGGACCACUUGUUUCGGAGAAAUUGAAGUUAACAGCUGAAGAAAUUGAGAUGGGUCUUAUCGAGUCCAACAACACAAAUGCUCAGCUUCACAUUGCACUUUUGAAGGGGAUACCACCGGUAAAUAAAAACCUUGAUGAUGCAAAUGCAUGGAUCACGGUGUUGUGUAAGAAACUUGCUCCAUGGUGGCCAUGGAUUGCUACCGGUGAAAUUCCUAUAACUGCUAGCAAAGGGGAGGAAAUAUCUGAAUACCAAAGACUUAGCCCUAUUAAUCGCCUGAAGUUUCUGAAGGCACUUUGUGAGCUUCGAGUCCAACAAGAUGAUGCUCGUUCGUAUAUUCAAGAAAAUACCAAGGAAGGAGACUUGGAUUCCCAUUUUCGCAAAAGGAAGUUAGGAGGAGAUGGAAAGAAGACUUCUUACUGGUUUGAUGGUAAUGACAUGCAAGGGUACAGAUUAUAUAGGGAAGUCAAUGAAAUCUCAAAGAAGAAUGCUUGCUCAGAUAAAUCUUGCUUGAGCUGGGAAAUUGAAGCAACCAAUCUAGAUGAAUUUCAGAGAGUCGCUAGAGAGUUAUCAUCAAGCAAAGCUUCUUCUUUGGCUGCAACUGGCGAGAAGAUUGAGACAGAAGCUUUACCCGUUGUUGAGAAAUAUCAUAAAAAGAAAGAAAGGGCCCUGAAGAAGAAAAUGAAGAAAGAGCAGCUGGUCGUUAAUGUCAAUUUCUCAGGUCCUAUGCGCCGUUCUUGUCGUAACCGCAUACCUGCUACUUACACCUAUGACAACUUUGACAAGAUGAUCAGUGAUGCUGUGGAGGAAAAAGAGGAAAGCGAUGGAGAUGAGGUAGAAGAAAGGGAGCAACAAAGUGUCUCAUUGGGCUCAGACAACGACAGUUCUGAAGGUAACAAGAUGAAUUCAACAGAGGAUGAAGCACCUGAAAUCAACAAUGACGAUGAUAAAGAGAAUGAGAAAAGCAAGGAGGACGCAGAGUCAAAGGGAGAGUACGGUGUCAAAAACAGGCUGAGACAAAGAGUUACCAGGAACUCAGCCCUCUACUAGUUUAAACCUCAGUAUGUUGUUGAAGAAAUAGUAAAAAGCUUUUGAACAACAUGACAUCGUUUUGUCUGUUGGUAACGAGACCAAGCUUUUGAUUAUAAGGGUUUAGGACUUGGGAGAUAAGUUUUUUUUUGUUUUGGUGGUGAUAUAUGAUAAUGUACUCCCAUUCGUAACAGUGUAGAUCUGACUCUUAUUAUAUGUAGUAUCAUGUCGCAUACCUAUCUUAUGUAA